AUGUGCUCAAUCCACCAAGUACUCUUGAGCGUCGAAGAUCGUCGCCUACGAAAGCAACCCAGAGACCUAGAACUUCCGAUUCAGGUCAAGGCAGACUCGGCUUUCGUGCCACCUCGCCAUCCAGUACUCGAAUUCUCCUCUAGCUUCGCCAGUGAUGUGUUUGCGGACUUCCCUGAUCCGUCAUAUCAGAGACCACUGAAGAGGACUCUAAUGGAAGCGGCGCCGUUGAAUGACCGUCCGGCAAAUAAAAAACAGAAACGCGAAGAUUCCACGACUUUCACGCUACCCGAACCUCAUGAAAUGCCACUGGUUGAAGAUGAUGGGUCUAAGCCGCCUUACAGUUAUGCGGUUCUGAUUGGCAUGGCAAUUCUAAGAGCGCCUAGUCGAAAGUUAACUCUCUCGCAAAUCUACAAAUGGAUUUCGGAUACCUUCGCUUUUUACCGGGCUGGAGACUCAGGUUGGCAAAACAGUAUUCGCCAUAACCUGAGUCUCAAUAAGGCAUUCUUGAAGCAGGAACGUCCGAAGGAUGACCCCGGUAAGGGUAAUUAUUGGUCGAUUGUACCUGGAAUGGAAGCUCAAUUCAUCAAGGAUAAGUCUGCUCGUCGGGCGACAUUGUCCAGCAUUCCACUCCCCCCAAAUACCCUACAAAGGGAUGCUCCUUCCCUUGGCCCGCAACCCAGCACAUCCAUGUGGAGAGUCCCUCCCCCGGCGCUCCCUGCUCCGCCGUUGCACCAUCAUAUUGAGGUUUCUCAAAUUCAAGAACCAUCAUCUGAUGCAACUAUUCUCGCCUCAGACCCCGCUCUGCAAGAAGACGGUCCGGAGGAAGAAGCUCAUGCCAUACCAUCUACUAUUCCUCGAUCUUCGCCUCCUCAAGUAAUUCGCUCAUCACCACCUGUUGUUGUUGUUCCUCCAUCGUCCCGCUUCUCUCGACAAGGAACACCACCCACACCGACUCGUCCAAUCGCUUCGGCAGCAGCUCCUCCUCGUAGGGGCAACCAGCCAUCUGCUUCGGCCAAUGACAGCGGAUACUACUCGUCCCUUGAGUCUUCUGUGAUGAGGACAAAUAAGUCGGGCGUCAUGCUAACCUCUGAUCUGGAUAUUGAACCUCCACGCUUGAAACGAGGUCGUGCUGAAGAAGAGAUUGCUCGGAUCAGGAGCUCGUCUCAUGAUAUUAGCCCCAGUCACUCAAAGACUUUGAAGAGGAGUACCAACUCUGUCGUUGGCUCAUCUCCACUCCGUGGUGAAUACAUCAGCUUCCCUCCUCCAUUGACGCCGAUGAUUAAAUUCAAGAAACCUGCUAAGCCUCCACCAUCUUUGUCACCCAACACGAAUCUUCGUAAUCAUCGGCGUAAGAUCCAACACAUGGUGAACUCUCCUAUCAAACACCUAGGUCUUGCCGAUGAAGAGCUCCCAUGGAGCCCAGCAUUUACCAUCCAUGAGGAGACGACGUCAACACCGAAUGAACACAUUCAGGUGCACUUCGAUAUCUUUGCCGAUACUGUAGCGGAUGAUGUUUACACUCCAGCUCGCAGAUCUCCUGAAAAGCGCGUACUCAAACGCGAGACAGGGUCUCCAACUCGAUCCGCCGAUUUGGCGCUUGCAGAUAUAACCUCGACAAGCGUCAAUAAACGGAUUGGCCGUUCGUUACUCUCUGCCGGAAAGGGCUUCUCACUAUCACAUUUUCAAGAUUCGCCAUCAAAGAUUCCACCUCAACAAUCUCGGCUUCUUGAUACAUCCAACGAGGACUUUUUUUCCUUUACGAUGUUUGAAGAUAGUCCUGAGGAGGUCGAUGGAGUCGACCUCUUACAGGGAUUCAAGAAAAUUGGUGGUAAUACUUCAAAGGAGAGCAACAGUACCAGCAAUGCAGGCAUUAACAGAGCUGGUGGACUUAGACAACCGCUUAAUCCUCGAGGUUAUAGUUCAUACUUUUGAUGAUGAGCUCGAUGAUGACUUGUACGAAGAGACGGAUUUUGGUUUACUCUUGUUCAUUAAUGGGGUGUCUUGGUUGAAUACUUUUUGGAUUUGAUUCACUUGGUGUUGUUAUUUUACCUGGAGGGUUUUGGCGUUUAUAUUUCGACUUGUUUUAAGAUUGUUUCAUUGGGCUGGAUUGAUGGGACAACUGGGAUUGGUUAUCUGACUUGGAUACGAUUUGAUGAACAAAAUGUUUGAUGCACAUUGCUCUUUCUAGCUAGCGUUGUUAUUUUUUGUCUUCUAUGUUGUGUUUCGUGUUGAUCCUGCAUCUGAAUUCCAGCAUGGGUUGUCUCCGGUCAUGUAAUUAGGGAUUGGAUUUUUGUCUUUUGGGCAGCGAGGGUUACAAGGAUGGAUUGGAUAGAGGAUUGUUUGGUCUAAAUUGGAAUCUGUCACUACGUU